AAGUGAUCUCUCUCUCUCUCUCUCUCUCUCUCUCUCUCUCUCUCUAAAUUAUAGCCGUUGGAGAACUCUCAUCAAAUGCUGCUGGUUUAUUGACAGAAAGUCAUCACAGACAGGAAUUUAGAUUCUUAGUUUGCUAAUUUCCGUGGUGGUUUUUGUCUUGUCCCUAAUCGCUUGUCUCUAUUAUAUUUCAAUACCCAAAAAAAAAAAAAAAAAAGCAAUAUUCACGAUUCUCUCCCUUUCGUUUUUUUCGAUUUAAAAGUUUUUACGCGUCUUUGAGAUAUAUAGGACUAGGGUAGGAGUAUCACAUAAAUUGAAAACCAGUGUGUGUCCUUUGAGUUCUUUGUCAAUGCCUGUUUCUGGGUUCUUCUUCAUAUUUUUUGCUCUGUUUUGAAUCUGCCGCUUCUUCAAUAAAACAAUAACGCUCUCUCUCUCUCUCUCUCUCUCUCUCUCUCUGUAACUCCAAAAUAUAAUAGAACGCAGCACAGAACAAAAAGCUAGAAAUUUCCUCAACCCCUCAUUCUUAUUUUUACAUUUUAGUCCACCUAUAUAGUCCACAGUCCCUUCAUUCUUUUCACAAUACCAUACUUUACAUAUUCCUGCCUUUAUAUAUUUUUCCUUUCUUUCAAGAUUUUAUUUUUUUGGGUUGCUUUUGCCUUUAAAUAUCUAUUAGAUCCUUCUCAGAAAAAAGAUAUCUAUUGGAUCCAUAUUCUCUCACUUUUUUUCGUGGGAAGAAAAAUUCCCUGGUUUUUCGCUGAUUCCUCCCACCCACACCCACCUGCAAAAAACCGUUGCUUUUUUUUUUUCUUCCCUCUUUUCUCUCUCUUUUAUUAAGGAAAAAAAAGAUCCGCAGAGUUUUCUUAAUAUAUAAUAGACAUAUAGUAUAAAAUAAAUCAAGCUUAUAACUUUAACUGCCUCCCUUCUUCCCAGUUAACAAAAACAUACACAUUUUUUUUUAUUGAUUUUUCUGUGAAACUUUGGUGGGAAUCAUGGAGUGGCAGUGGUUUUCGAGGUGGGUUUUGGUUAUAGGAGGAGUAUUGGGUUGUUUAUGUGUUUGUGUAGAAGGGCUUGGUGUGAACUGGGGAACCAUGGCAACUCACAAGUUGCCACCAAAGACAGUGGUUCAGAUGCUGAAAGACAAUGGUAUUCAGAAGGUGAAGCUCUUUGAUGCAGAGCAGUCUACGAUGAGUGCUUUGGCUGGCUCUGAUAUUGAGGUCAUGGUUGCUAUUCCCAAUGAUCAGCUGGCUGUCAUGACUGACUAUGAUCGUGCCAAACAAUGGGUCAAGAAAAACGUCACACGCUAUCUCUUCAAUGGAGGGGUUAACAUCAAGUAUGCAGCAGUUGGGAAUGAGCCUUUCCUGACAUCCUACAAUGGCUCAUUCCUGAAUAUCACCUUCCCAGCACUUCAGAAUAUUCAAAAUGCCCUUAAUGAAGCUGGUGUUGGAGACUCUAUCAAGGCCACUGUGCCUUUAAAUGCUGAUGUCUACUUCUCUCCAACAACCUCCGCCUAUCCCUCUGCUGGAAGGUUUCGGGCUGAUAUCACCGACUUAAUGACUCAGAUUGUCCAGUUUCUAAGCAAGAAUAAUGCACCUUUCACAGUAAACAUUUACCCUUUCCUAAGUCUUUAUGGUAAUGACGAUUUCCCAAUUGACUAUGCCUUCUUUGAUGGAGUAAGCAAGCCCGUCGUUGACAUUAAUGGGAUCCAAUACACCAAUGUGUUCGAUGCUAACUUUGAUACCUUGGUUUCUGCUCUGAAAGCUGUUGGGAUUUCUAACAUGACCAUUAUUGUAGGGGAGGUUGGGUGGCCUACAGAUGGGGACAAGAAUGCUAAUGUAGGUAACGCUUAUAGAUUUUACAACGGGCUUAUAGCAAAACUUGCAGGCAAUAAGGGUACCCCACUACACCCUGGAUAUAUAGAAGUUUACUUGUUUGGUCUUAUAGAUGAGGAUGCCAAGAGCGUUGCUCCGGGAAAUUUUGAACGCCAUUGGGGAAUUUAUAGGUAUGAUGGGCAGCCAAAAUAUGCGAUAGAUGUUUCUGGUCAGAGUCAAAAUAAAUUUCUUCUGCCUGCACAGAAUGUGGAAUAUCUUUCCAACAAAUGGUGUGUGUUCAAUCCAAAUGCCAAAGAUCUGAGCAAACUAGCAGACAACAUAAAUUUUGCUUGCACCUUCGCAGAUUGCACCACACUUGGAUAUGGGUCCUCUUGUAAUAAUUUGGAUGCCAAUGGGAAUGCCUCAUAUGCAUUUAAUAUGUAUUUCCAGAUACAGAAUCAGGAUCCAAUGGCCUGUAAUUUUCAAGGGUUGGCCCAAGUGACUACACAGAAUAUCUCACAAGCAAAUUGCAAUUUUACCAUUCAGAUAGCUACAUCUUCUUCUUCACGGGGGUCUUCACUGGUGACUUCAGUAUUUAUAACUCUCUUCAUGUUUCUGUUAGUAUAGAAUUGUUUUUGUAGAUAUAUCAGGUGUACUGUAAUUUUAUUUUUGUUAGUUUCUAUUGUUACAACUUUUUGGAUUAUUUUUACCAUGGAGAUUCAUUUAAUAAAAAACUUCCUAGGAUCUAUAAAUCGUAUUGCUAAUAAGCAUCUAAUUCUUUGUA